AGACCAAGAAACUUUUCACACAGCAAUCAGAACAUUUGUCUGCCACCAUUUGAACGGUGAACAUCAGCCAGCGCGAAUCUCCUCGGCGGCCCAGAGUUAGCUUUCAGUGCGGGAGCUUUUACGUGAUUUAAACAUUCAAUUCAAUUCAAUUUUUCCGCGCGAGGAACUUUCAGUCGAAGGGAUCACACAUCCUGGCAAAAAAAAAUUGUGUCUCAAGGAAAAAGAAAUAUUUCCAGCAGUGUGUGUGUCUUAAGUGUUCUUCUCUUGUUGCUUAACUACAGUAGAAUAAAGAAAAAACUUCUUUCACGCCCUGCAAGAGAUUUUUUUUCUUAAUUUUUGUGCAGGAGUGCAAUCAGUUGGGACUCUCCGAAGGAUUUCUUUCAUCUUGCAUUGAGAUUUGAGAAAAAGAAGAUGCCCUCAUGUCGCGAGUGCUCAUUUGGCGACAGGAGUGAAAAGUGCUUUUCCCCCAGUGACGUCAUUGUGUAAAACAUCAUACAAAAAAUACCAAACCCAAGUUAAAAAAAAAGAGAAGAAAAAAAAACCAAAGCGGUGAGAGAGCGAAGAAGGAAAAAAAAACGGUGACAAAUUAAGGUGUACGCGCGCUAAUAUUUCGCAAAGUGUGUGGUACAAUAAUUGUUGUUGGGAGAGCUGAAUAGAGCCGUAGAGAGUGGCUCAAAAACUACUUUUUGAUUCAAAUAAGAACGAACAGGCAAUACCCGUGCCAUAGGAGUUCGAGCGGACAAUAAAAUUGCAAGACGAAUAAGAUGAAUACAGCGAGCGGGGGCUUUCUGCUAUUGCUCAUGUAUUACCUUUCGAGCGGCGGCAGCAGCGUGGUCAGCAGUCAUCGGCUGGGACCUUCAGAAUCCAUAUUGGACAUCAUAAAUACGCGCCAUAUUGACAGAGUUCUCGCCGAAAGGCGCCAAAAUGCCUCACGUGACGAGAAGCGCUUCCUCCUGCAGAAUGACCUGGAUGACGACGAGGGGGACACAGUGGGGGAGUUUGACUACGGCAGACGGAGGACUAAUAGUGGAGUCCUUGCGCAGUACAAUGACACAGCUACGCCAUUUGGUAGUCAUGGGAGUCAGGAUAUUUUUGCAGAUCUUCAAGCCUACAGGGCGGAUAAGUUGCUCAAGUCCAGCAAGAAUGCCCUCGUGGUGACACGGAAGGAAUAUCUGAAGAAGGAUUGGUGCAAGACUGAGCCCCUGGUGCAGCGUGUUCGCGAAGAAGGCUGCCUCAGUCGCACCAUAAUCAAUCGCUUCUGCUAUGGGCAGUGCAACAGCUUUUACAUUCCCAAAAGCCCACGACGACCACGACGGAAUCGCGGUAGGAGCCAACAACUGCGCAAUGGGCAGGACUUUGAGGAUGAGGACCUCACGGGUGCCGCCUUCAAGUCGUGUGCCUUCUGCAAGCCCAAGAGGUUCACGUGGAUCACUGUGACCCUAAGGUGCCCCUCAAUGACCCCUCAGUUGCGCAGAAAGCGCAUCCAGAGGAUUAAACAGUGCAAGUGCAUAGCUGAGCCAGUGAAUUAAUUUGCUUCCACAUGAGCUUCCUCAACCAGGUGCCCAUUCGUUCUUUUGACUCGCACGAGCCAGUUUCCACGUGAUGACCUUUCAAAUUUAGGUAAAUGUUUUCUUAUUUUCUUUGACAAAAGAAAUGAGCAACAAGAUUUUCUAUGCAAGCUUAGAAUAAAGAAAAUUCUUUAAAACUUUUAAAGAAGAAUUUUUGAAAAGAAAAAAUGUUUUUGAAAGUAUUUUUAAAUUAUUUCAAAGAGAGAAAAAUUUUAUUUUUCAAAUGAAAAAUAAAAAAAAAAGUUUAAAUGUUUUUAAGAUUUAAACAUUAGGUAUAAGAAAACAAAGAAUGUUUUAUUUAAAUUCCAAUAGAACAAUUUAAUUCAGAAAAAAAAUCCAAAACCUAAAAGUAGCGUCUGGAAGAAUUUUAAUAAGAAUUAAACUUUUCUUUAAAUAAUUGCAAUGGAAAACUUUUAAGGGAAAAUGAAACAAUUCUGAUUUCUUUUCUUUACACAUACUUAGAAUUUAAUCUCAAUCUGAGCUUAAUACUUUCCAAAUUUUGGAGGAGCUUUUCUUGCCUCUUUCUACGAGCUUUUUUGUCUCUCGAGGUGGAUAAACUCAAAACCGAAGAUAUUUAUAUUAAGGAAUAAAAAAUAAAUUUAAAUUAAGAAAAUAAAUUAGGCAAACAAGUAUUACUGUCUACAAUGAGCACGCAUAUAUUUAUUAACCAAUUUGUGCUAAAAUGAAAGGAAGAGUUUUCUUGAAAUGAGAAUGAGGGAAUUUUUGUACAGAUGAGAAAAUUUGUAAUUUAUUGCAAAAAAAAUGAAGAUUGUUUUUUUUUCUAUAUAGAAAUUGUUAGGAGUGAUAUAUAAAAUAUAUCUUAGGAUAGUCUUUAUAUUUUACAUACAAAAGAAAAUUUGAGAUGAAAAACAUUUUGACAUUUUUGAUAUUUCUUAGGUAGGUAGGGCAAAAAUUUAAUUAAAUUGCAAACAAAAAAAAAAACGGUGAAAAACUGUGUUUUAAUUAUUUAUAUAACAAUGUGUAUAUAAUUAGAAUACCAAAGUACAUAAUUUAAUUUUUACAUUGUACCCCGCGGGGAAAUUGUUAUGCCCCGCGUAUUUUGAUAAAGGACUUUUCGUCUCUCUGUGCUAACCCAAAAAAAAAUUAAAGAAAGUUAAAUAAGAAAUUUAACCGAAAGAGGAAGAUUUUUAAAAUUUAGAAAAAAGAACUCAAUAAAAAAAAUAAGCAAUGUCUAAUGGAGCAAAAGUAUUGCAGAGCAAAAUAUUGAGAUAAAGAGAAGAGCCUCAAUGUUGUAUUCCAAGUAUUACACAAGUCAAUAUAUUAAUAAAUAAAUGGGCAUGUAAGAAAACACGUAAGAUUAUGUAGGAUUUACACUAGUAUUGAAUAUAAUUUGUAUAUAAUGUAAGUUUGUGGGAAAUGAAAAUAUUGUUUUGGCGACUGUAAUCGCAAAUCUCAAGUGGUAUUGCUUCUUGUUUCGUCCAUCUAGAAGUGGAUGAGAGUAUUUAAAAAAAACGCCGCCCGCCAGUGUUGUAUUUCGUACAUUUUAGAAGAUGAGUGAGUCAAAAUCAAUUUAAAGAGAAUAUUGUGUAUUUUUUUCCAACAAUUUGAUUUUAAUGGUAAAAUAAAGAACAUUUAAA